AUGUUUAAAACACCCCCACUUAAUAAGACUACAGUAUUGACGGAUAACUCCGUAAAACAAACCGAAGAAAUAGAACCAUCAGCGGGGAGAGCGCAGGAAGGGAUAUCCCAAGUAAGAAAAAGUGUCGGUGAGCUUGAGUCGCGACUUAGUGCAGCUCCUAAAACAAGGACAAACACGCAACCGGCGAAACAAAAAUCUCAAAACAAACUAUCCCCUGCAGCUUGCAGUGUAGAAAACCAAGCUGACCCAGAAACGACUACUUAUGCAAAUAGGGCACAAGAAGCGAAAGCGUAUCUGGUUAAAAUAAAACUUUUAUUAAAUAGCUCACGAAAUCUAAAGACGGAAUUAAAGGACAAAAUUAUAGAAGCUGUUGACAAAUUAUAUAGGUUGGCGAAAGAAGUGGGAGAAGGAAAGGAAAUCACAUUAGUAAAAGAAUCUAGCACUGCUGAGAAAAAAGAUCGAGGUAGAACACAAGCUAAUAAAGAAAUUAGAAGAACACAGUAA